AUGGAUGAUACAUCCAUCAAACAAACUCCCAGAACAAUGUGUAUGAGUAAUCUCAAGCUGUUUUCGUUUGGUGGAUCUAAAGUCCAAGAUUUCAGAGACAUGUAUCUCACAGAUUGUAAUCUGUACAAAUUCCCGGACAAUUUUAGCUGCUUAUCCUCGCUGCAGUCUUUAUGCUUGAGCCGAAACAGUAUCGAGAAUCUACCAGGAAGCAUCAAGAAACUUCAUCAUCUCAAAUCUCUUUACUUAAAGAAUUGCAAAAAUCUCAUUUCUCUUCCAGUGCUUCCAUCAAAUCAGUACUUGGAUGUUCAUGGCUGUAUCUCACUCGAAACAGUUUCAAAACCCAUGACGCUUCUAGUGAUAGCUGAAAAGACCCAUUCUACUUUCGUAUUCACGGAUUGCUACAAGCUAAACCGAGAUGCACAAGAAAAAAUUGUGGCUCAUACUCAGCUCAAGAGUCAAAUACUGGCGAAUAGAUCUUUUCAACUUAAUCAUAAGGUCCAAUCUCUGGAACUAGUUUUGGAACCUUUAUCUGCUGUAAGUUUUCCAGGGAAUGAUUUGCCACUAUGGUUCCGCCAUCAGAGAAUUGGAUCUUCAAUGGAAACCAACCUGCCUUCACACUGGUGCGACGAUAAAUUCAUUGGUCUUUCUCUCUGCACGGUUGUCUCUUUCAAGGACUAUGAAGAUAGAACCAGCCGGUUCUCCGUGAUAUGCAAGUGCAAGUUCAGAAACGAAGACGGUGAUUACAUCAGCUUUACAUGUAAUCUUGGGGGAUGGAAAGAGCAGUGUGGAUCGUCUAGCCAUGAAGAAUCAAGAAGACUUAGCUCUGAUCAUGUGUUCAUCAGUUAUAGCAACUGUUACCAUGCCAAGAAAAACGAUGAUCUCAAUAGAUGUUGCAACACCACAGCCUCGUUCAAAUUUUUUGUUACUGAUGGCAGAGCCAAAAGAAAACUAGAUUGCUGUGAGGUGGUGAAAUGCGGGAUGAGCUUGUUAUAUGCACCAGAUGAGAAUGAUUGUAGGUUGCAUGGGUUACACGAGAAUAAUCUUGAGAAAGAGAUAUCUGGAAAAGAUACAGAACUAAACGAAACCGCCUUGGAUAAAGUUGUUGUGUCCAAGAGAGGCCGUUUAUGUGUACAAGAAGAAGAGCUACUGAACAGGAAAAGAAUAAAGGAAGACGUCUCUUUUGGUAAUUACGAUUGUUCUGUAACUUCUAUUCUUAGUUACAUGGAGCCAGCAAAGCCUCAUCUCUGGAAAUAA